AAGUGGGUGAGGGUCGGAGGGGCGCUGCGGGUGCCGUUGCUGCCGAGGUGUUUAGGGGGCGUGUCCCGCUCGCGGCAGGGCUUGGAAACAAUUACCAAACACUUACUAUCCAGAGGCAAAUAUGAAAUGGAGGAGGAGAAGGGAGAACUACUAACGAGGCACAAUGGCUACAGUGACCCAGAAGCACUUCUUGGAAGGGCAGACUUACUCUGUCCCUCUGAUCCAACCCGACUUGCGCAGGGAAGAGGCUAUUCAUCAGGUUGCAGAUGCACUUCAGUAUUUGCAGAAAGUGUCUAGUGAUAUCUUCAACAGAAUCUCCCAGCGGGUGGAGGCCAGCCGGAUGCAGCUGCAGGCAAUCGGAGAGAGAGUCUCACUGGCUCAGGCUAAGAUUGAGAAGAUAAAGGGCAGCAAGAAGGCGAUUAAGGUGUUUUCCAGUGCCAAGUACCCUGCCCCAGAGCGGCUGCAGGAGUACAGCUCCAUUUUCGCUGGUGCAGAGGAUCCAGCCACACAGAAACGGCCGAGGCACAAGAUUCAGAGCAAAUACAGACCGCUGGAUGAAAAAUCCCUGCAGGAGAAGCUCAAGUACUUCCCAGUGUGUGUGACCACAAAAGUUCAUCAGGAGGAUGAUGCAGAAGAAGGUCUUGGCAGCCUCCCAAGGAACAUCAGCUCCCUUAGCUCCCUGCUGUUGUUCAACACCACCGAGAACCUGUACAAGAAGUAUGUCUUCCUGGAUCCUCUGGCGGGAGCGGUGACCAAGACCCAUGUGACUCUGGGAACAGACACUGAGGAGAAGCUCUUUGAUGCACCCCUCUCCAUCACCAAAAGGGGGCAGCUGGAUCGGCAGGUAGCUGAAAAUUACUUCUACGUACCCGAUCUGGGUCAGGUGCCUGAGAUAGACGUGCCGUCCUACCUGCCAGACCUGCCUGGCAUCGCUGCUGAUCUCAUGUACAGCGCAGACCUGGGGCCUGGCAUUGCACCCUCGGCACCCAGCAGCGCUAUCCCAGAGCUACCCACCUUCAACACCGAGUCCGUGGAGAACUUCAGGCCAGGUCUUCAAGAUGGUGUACUAGUGCCCCCGCCCCCACCUCCGCCUCCUCCACCCCCUGUGAUACCAAUUAGUGCUCCCCCACCCCCUCCUCUGCCCCAGCCUGCCUCCCGUUCCAAACAGCCAGCCAGCGAGGAGAGCAGCAGUGCAACGUCUGCAGCUCCAGUCCAGGGGGCUCCAAAGGAAGUUGUGAAUCCUUCAACUGGCCGGGCCACUCUCCUGGAGUCCAUCCGCCAGGCUGGCGGCAUUGGGAAGGCCAACCUCCGAAGCGUUAAGGAGAGAAAGCUGGAGAAGAAGAAGCAGAAGGAGCAAGAACAAGUGAUAACCACAGCACAGGGUGGAGACUUGAUGUCUGACCUCUUCAACAAGCUGCUCCUGAGGCGCAAAGGCAUUUCAGGCAAGGGGCCUGCAGCUGCAGGAAGUGCUGAUGCUCCCAGUGCACCUGCUGGUGCCUUUGCCCGCAUGUCGGACUCAAUCCCACCCCUGCCAGCCCCACAACAACCCCCAGGGGACGAGGAGGAAGAUGACUGGGAAUCGUAAAUGCUAUCAUGCCGCAGGCCUGGGAUUGGUUUCCUCUUGGCCAACUGGGAACCCAGCCCGGCUGAGCUCAGCACCUCAGAAAUGGACCAGCUCUCGGAAAUAACUGCUGGUGAGAGGGCACAGGCCUGGCAGAGGGACCCCGUCACUUUCGCUUAGUGCCUGCUGUUCCUGCUCAUCUCUAACCACUGUUGAGUAUAGUUAUCAAUGAACAUUACUUCUGCUCUGUUUACUUCCCCUCCCCUACAAAUAGUGCAUUUAAUUUCAAAUGCUGCUGCUCCUGCUCACUCAAUAAAUCCUGCCGUAGCUGGAGGGCAGCUCAUGCUCACAGAAGAUCAGAACUAGCCUCUCUACUGCGCGUGAUCAAGCACAACUGCACGGGCAGCUCUAGCAGCCUUCUCCUCAGCCAGAAGCAUGCUGGGCCUUGCUUUUUGGAUGCUCCUGUGCAGGAAUUCUUGAAAUGGGUGAUAGAAGGGGGUUGGUCCAGUGCUGCCUUCGCAGUUGCCCUCAUGAAAACAGCUGUAGGAGAACCAUGGAAGCUCUGUUGUUGGGUAUGAAUGGCUUCUACAGCAGCUGUAGUGCACCCUUAGUGAGUGACAAGUACCCAGCAGCCUUCCCUAGCCCACUCCAGGCUACAAGUGGAGUGCUCUUAAUUAACACAUUCUCGGAGGAGAGGCCCAGCUGUCCAUCAUUAGUCUCUCUGGUAGAGCUAGGGAACAGCAGGCAUUUUGCAGCGGGGUGCUGUGUGUGUGACAAACAUAAGCCCUAAAGUUGCUGUACACCCACCUGUACUACACACUUUGAAAGCCUCUACCUACACCUUCUACUCUGUCAACAAAGUGAUGGGCAGAGGGGUGAACAAUGCAACUACACUACAGUCUAGACAGUUGUCCUACUUAAGCAAACUAACAAGGUGCUGUUUUAUUUAGGUGGAAAGUAGAUGGCCUUGAGUGCCUCUGUGUAGUGUUUGUGUUCAAGUCAGAGCUCUGUUUAGCUGUGCUAGGCUCUGCAGGGACUGGUACCAUUCAGGUGCAGCAGAAUGGAGAUUUUAUCCAGGUAUGUGUAGAAGCACACAGGGACAGUCAUUAGCCAAUGCCCAUAGCACAUCAGUUAAUGGCUUGCCUGACUUACCAGGUGGCAAAAAGUAAUCAUGACUGACUGGGGGGGGUUCCUUGACAGCAGCCCACUACACUGCAAACCUGAAUGUGGCACCCUCCCACCCCCUUUACAAGAAAGGGAAAAGGUUUUUUUAAAAAGGGAUUUACAAUAAACUAUGCUGACCCCCAGGAAAAGGCAGCAGUAAAGCUGAACACCUGGAGGUGACACAGGCAGACAGGUGUGUAAUCAAAAGGAAAUGAAAUAAAUGCUGCACUGCUUUAUGGCUAGGUCAGUAAAGUGGAGUAAUAGACUUACUUCCCCCACUGCUGGAAUGGUGAGACAGGCCUUAGGCUGCACAGCAGCUUAACAUUCUUGGUCCAUAUUAGCAGAAAGGCCAGGAGGGAGGUGAAUGGUGGUAGCCUCAGCUGGAGAAUGCUUACACAGCAUGUGGGUAAAUACACACACAAGCCACGCAGCUGGGAUGGAUUCAGCACCCAACAACUGAAGCCCCCUGUUCAGUGCUACAGCUUCAUGCUGUCACAGCAUGUUUGCCAUGGCAGAAAAAAGCCUCCAAGGUUUCCUGUAAGCUCCCUAAAUAUUCUCCCUGUGCAAGGGGAAAGCAAGUCAGGCCCAUCACCCGAGCUCUGAUAAAGCACAGCUUAUUAACACAACGCCAGUGGUCAGAGAUGUAACUAAAGGCAGGGCAAAGCUAAGAGUUGAAAAUGCCUCUAAGUUGAGGCAGCCCAAGGCAUUUGCCCUUCCUGAAUUAGCUGAUGCAUAGGCUAGGAAUUUUAGCUAAGGGGGUAGAAGGGGAUAGAAAUCUAGUCUCUAGCUUCCAACCAGCUUUUUGGUGUUGUACUGCUCCCAUGAAGGCCCCCAGAAGCUCUAGUCCCCCACACC